AGAUGUUGGAGCAAAAUUGUUCAGCAUCAAUCUGCUGUGGAUAGAUGUCAAAGGAAUCCUCUUCCGGCAGACGACUCGCUCGACUUGUUUGCAGAGAGCAUUUCCCGAUUUCACACGCGACUGGAAGCUAACUCCAAUUGUGUGUGAAAUAUAACACCACGCUAUCGUUGGCGUCCUGAACAACGGUGCAUUUUGUAAGCUCGAAGUAUCUCGUCCUCGCGAAAGAAAAUCAAGGAUGGGUUUCAGCAUUCCAGACUCACCGCGUGGAAAGACCGACGCCGGUACACAGUGGACGGGGCCCUCGCUUGCACCAUCGAGAAAUGGACUUCGUGAAGGCUUCCACCAGUCGAUCGCUGCUCGCCGUCGAAAUGCGAUCGUACCGGGCUCUUUGGCGUUCGAUGCACUGGGAUCUCCUCGCUCGCCGGUCGUGUUCCUGAGCCAGGAGAACCGCAGAGCUCUCGCUCAGAGUCGGGAACAGGAAUAAGGAGAGCAGUCAGGCGGGAUUGCUGCACCAUGACCAAGCCGUGAACGUCGGAACUGCACAGAACGGCCACGCCAUCUCGUGAGUCACGAGGCGUGAGACGUGGUGUCCACGCGUGAUUGAAUGUCCAGGUCAGAUAGGCAUUGAGCGGUUUCGAGGUCCAACUUGCCGUAUAUGUAAAUAUAGCGAUGCCAAUCCAACCAACUUUGAGGGGAAGAGCUCAACAUGCAGAUUUUUUUUUUUUUACAUGUAUAAUAUAGCCCACACCAUCUUUCUGCCUGUCAGUACUUUUAAACUUUAUGGAGCGAAAACGAUCAUAAAGUUACCUCAAAAUUCACACAUCAUCAUACAAAAUUACUAUCUCCCCUCCAUACGACAAGCUAAUGAGCGGGGGAUCGGGCGACUGGCAUUCGGCGGCCGACCGCCUGGCGCUCUUCAUGCAGCGCUACGCUGUGGCAGACGACAAGGUGGCGAGGCAGCUGGGCUGGUCUCAUGAGCAGCUGCGUGCGUAUCUGUCGCCUGAGGCACGGCGUGUCAAAGCGGCGUCCGACAUUGCAGACACGGCGGUGGACAAGCUGUUGAUGAGAUAUCGCGUGGCAUUAGCGCAUCAAACACUCAAGAGCGCGACUACCAAGCCUCUGAAGCCUCUGGAUGGGAGUUUUAGGAGAUCGACGGCACCCACACAGUUCGGGCGCAAUGCGGGGGACAGGAGAAGCAUCAUUCACGCAGAAGCUACACCUGCGCAAUUGAAAGCGACCGCGGAGCUGGAGCAGCCGUCUGCGGGUAAUCGGAAGCGGAAGCGGAGGGUCAUCAUGCAACCACUGCAUGCUUCUAAUACUAAGGUGAAGGCUGUGGCGUCGAAGGAAGAAAAUGUUGCAGAUACGGGGUCAAAAGCACAUCAACUUGAUGUACGGAAGCCGCAGCAACUGGCCAAACCGGAGCUUAUGUGUCCUAUUCGUCUCGAUGUCGACUUGGAUGGCGUUCGCUUUCAAGAUACUUUUCUCGUUAAUACGGCCCUAAACACUUGUUCACCGGAGGUGCUUGCUUCACAAAUUGCCCAUGAUGAAAAGAUGAGCAAUAAGCUCAAAGAUGCAAUCGCUGAGUCAAUUCGUAGACAAAUUUUGACAUUUACCUCAUCUUGUAUGACGAUUGAUUACAAGAGCGAGCGGUUAUAUCCUAUCUACUUAGAUCUCAUCAUUGACGGAUUCUCCCUGCGCGAUCAAUUCGAGUGGGACAUAUCGAACAACUGUAUCGCCACCCAAAAGUUUGCAAGCACACUAUGCGUAGACUUGAACCUGCCAAAAGCAUUUGAGCCCGCUAUCGUCUUUUCGAUCUAUGAGCAGGUUGCUGCCUAUCGUGUUGCACUGAACGGGCGCAAAUGGAUUGGGAAGAAUCUUUUCCAAGCGAAGGAUUCCGGCCUCACGCUGCCAACUUCCAGUGGAGGAUACGUCGAGGUGAUGCCGCCGCUUGACGACGUCGUUCGUAGCGCGGAUGAUGCAAAAUUGUGGCAGCCUGUACUGAGUGAGCUGUCCAGAGAGGAGAGGACAUAUUUAUCUGCGAGAUUUACGGCUGCUCGAGCGCCUACCACUUGGAAAAGCACGCCGGUGGUCUCAGAAACUAAUGGCCGAUCAAAGCGACCCUCACGACCAGUAUCAAAGGAGAGCCGCCUUCCGCGACCGAUCAACCCUUUCAUCGUCUACUGCCAAAUGCAGAAGGAAGCGUUGGGCAAGACUCGCCGUUCUGCGUCUGAAACGAGGAAGAUCAUGGGCGAUAUGUGGCGCAAAUGCACGGAAGAGGAAAAAGAGUAUUAUUCUCAACUCACUGAGGUGGAGAACGAAAAGAGACGUCGCGACCACAUUCUGGAUAUGAGGGACCGCGCCAUCGCCGACUGGGAAGAGGACGAAGCUCGUCGGAAAGGAUUGUUGGCCUCUUCUACCUUGGAGGCGUCCGCAGAGCACUUCCGUGGUCUCUUGCUUGAAAACUACAUGAGCGAGCGACACGAAGUAGAUAUGAAUAGACAAGCAUCAGUAGUAGACACUGGUGAAGAGGACGAGGAUGACAACGAAGUGGCCUAG